AUGGAAGCCUGCCACCUGGAAGAAAAAACACAGUGGGAACACCCUAAGUCGGGGAAGAGGAAACGUGUUGCAGGAGGUCUGCCAUAUGGAUGGGAGCAGGAGACUGAUGAAAAUGGACAAGUCUAUUUUGUAGACCACAUAAACAAAAGGACUACCUACCUUGACCCAAGACUGGCCUUUACAGUUGAAGAUAAUCCAGUAAAACCUACUACUAGACAAAAAUAUGAUGGAAACAGUACUGCAAUGGAAAUACUCCAGGGUCGUGACUUGAGUGGAAAAGUGGUUAUAAUCACGGGAGCAAAUUCAGGAAUAGGUUUUGAAACUGCAAAGUCUCUUGCACUGCAUGGGGCAUACGUUAUCCUGGCCUGCAGAAAUACGUCAAGAGGUAAUGAUGCUGUACAACGCAUUCUUGCGGAAUGGCAUAAAGCCAAGGUAGAAGCAAUGACCUUAGACCUUGCUUCUCUUCAGAGUGUGCAGCACUUUGCUGAAGCAUUCAAAUCCAAGAAUGUGCCUCUUCACAUCCUUAUCUGCAAUGCUGCUGUGUUUGGUGCUCCCUGGUGCUUGACAGAAGAUGACCUGGAGUCCACCUUCCAGGUGAACCACUUGGGACAUUUCUAUCUCGUCCAGCUUCUGGAAGACAUUUUACGUCGGUCUUCUCCUGCUAGGGUGGUGAUGGUGUCCUCCGAGUCACACAGAUUCACAGAAAUUAAAGACUCCUCUGGAAAACUUGAUUUCAAUCUGCUUUCUCCAUCUAAGAAGGAGUAUUGGGCUAUGUUGGCCUACAAUCGUUCCAAGCUUUGCAAUAUACUGUUCUCCAAUGAACUGAACCGACGCCUUUCUCCCCAUGGGGUGACGUCUAAUUCAGUCCAUCCUGGAAAUAUGAUUUACUCCUCCAUUCAUCGUAACUGGUGGGUGUAUACCCUGCUGUUUACCUUGGCUCGACCUUUCACCAAAUCCAUG